AUGUCAUACAACAUUGCCGGCAAGGCCGUCCCCAGCGAAUACCUCGUGAUCGGCAUUUUUAGCGCGAUCGGCGGCGGCGCAUACCUCGCGACGCGCAAGGGCGGCGACGCCAAAGCGCAGACAAAGGCACCUGCGCCCAUCACUGCGUCUUCUCCCGACGAGGAGGGUUUUAUCAAGCAGUUUAUUGCCGAGGCGCAGCAUGAGGAAGUGAAAAAGUAA